AUGUCAGCAUUCAGCCUCCUUGCUUCAUUACCAGAGGAUCAGUUCCGAUGUUCGAUCUGUCUGGAAGUCUUCACUGAACCAGUCACCACACCGUGUGGUCACAACUUCUGCCAGAAUUGCCUCAACCAACACUGGAGCGACAGCGAGUUUUACCUCUGUCCAGCAUGUAACAAAAGGUUCCACGUCAGGCCGGAGUUCUCUACAAAUGAAAUCAUUGCAGACAUUUCAGUUCAGAUAAAGAGAAGAAAAUGUGAGGCGCUCGAAAGCAACGAUGCACCGUGGCAGGUGAAGUGCGACCUCUGCACAGACAAGUUCAGGGCGUCCAAAUCGUGCCUGGUGUGUCUGACAUCGUACUGUGAAGCCCACCUGGAGCCUCACCAGAGGGUCCCCUCCCUAAUGAGACACAAGCUGGUGGAGCCACUGGAGAACAUGGACGAGAGGGUCUGUGAGAAACACAGCAGGAUCCUGGAGUUUUUCUGCAGGAGUGAACAAGUGUGCAUCUGUCUGCUGUGCUGUGAGACGGAGCAUAGAGACCACGAGACCGUACCUGUUGAAGUGGAGGGGGCCAAACAGAAGGAAAAUAUUGAGUCCAACCAAGCAAGGAUCAAACUGAUGAUUGACAAGAGAACGGAGAAGAUCGAGGAAUUUAUGAAUUCUUCAGAAAUGAGAAAAGUGAAAGUAGAAAAGGAGAUUGAAAACAGUGAGACACUUUUCAAUAACCUGAUAGAGAAUGUACAAGAGAUUCAACGUAAACUGAAAUCAAACAUUGAUGAGAAGCUGAGGAAGUCCCAGGACCAGGACCAGGGGAUGAUUCGGAAACUGAAGGAGGAAGUCACAGCUCUGCAGAGGACGCACUCACAGCUGGAGGAGCUUUCAAAAAAUGAAGACCACCUUCAUCAUCUGCAGACUUUGCAGGCCCUGAACACACCAGAAACCACGGACUGGUCCAGGAUCAGGGUUUACUCAGACAUGUGCAUGCAAACGGUGCGGAGAGCCAUGUCUCAUCUUGUGACCACUUUUCAAACAAAACUGACGAUGCUGACAGACACAGAACUGACCAGAAUGAGACAAUACAAAGAGUCUGUCGCUUUUAGUGAAUCAGAUGCUGGAAAUGGCCUUUUCAUUACUGAUUCGGGGACUCGUAUGAAAUACUCCAUAAAGGCAAAGUCCUUGACAUCAACUGAUGGUUCACUGAGGUUUUACUUACCCAUGACUUUUGGAACAAAAGGCUUCACCUCUGGCCGGCACUACUGGGAGGUCCAAGUGGGUAUGAGGAAUGACUGGGAUGUUGGUGUUGCCUUGGAAACAGUUGACAGAUCUGAUAAGGUACUUGUGAAAACAGAGAAUGGAUUCUUUUCCAUAGGAAAGAUUGGGUUUGAUUAUUAUGUUAAUGAUACUCCCCGAAAAGCUUUCCACCUCUGUCCAAGACCAAGACUAGUGGGGGUUUAUUUGGAUUAUGAGGAAGGCAGAGUGUCAUUCUAUGAUCUGGAUAAGAAGUUACAUAUUCACUCUUUCACAGUGAAAAGCUUCACAGGGAAACUUUUUCCAUACUUUUAUCUGUACGGUAGAGGAAGGAGAUCUGAGCCUUUGGUUAUCGUUUCAGUGUAUGACAAGGGAUCCUUCUUCACUCACCUUUACAAUUUAAAACAAGCUGAAAAAAUAACUGCACAGAACAAUGAACUAUUGUCGGGUCAAACUGCUUCAAAAUGA